AUUGAGGUCUAUAGGAGCCAACCAUGGCCACGGACUUGAGCCCCACCAAAGCCCCCCCAAAGCGCUUCUUCCGCAAGAGCGUGGAGCUGCUGGAGGAGGAGCGGGGCCCCCCCAGCGAUGGAGGGGACCAAGAGCUCCGGGGGGGGGUCCCGGGGGGGGGGUCGGGCAGGGAGGAGGUGGAGGAGGAAGCGGAGAUGAAGGCAGUGGCGACGUCGCCGGGGGGCCGCUUCCUCAAGUUCGACAUCGAGCUGGGCCGCGGCGCCUUCAAGACCGUCUUCAAGGGCUUCGACACCGACACCUGGGUGGAGGUGGCCUGGUGCGAGCUGCAGGACCGCAAGCUGACCAAGAUGGAGCAGCAGAGGUUCAAGGAAGAGGCUGAGAUGCUCAAGGGGCUGCAGCACCCCAACAUCGUCCGCUUCUACGACUCCUGGGAGUCCACGGUCAAGGGCAAGAAGUGCAUCGUCCUGGUCACCGAGCUGAUGACCUCCGGCACCCUCAAGACGUACCUCAAGAGGUUCAAGGUGAUGAAGCCCAAGGUGCUCCGGAGCUGGUGCCGGCAGAUCCUGAAGGGGCUCCACUUCCUGCACACCCGGACACCCCCCAUCAUCCACCGGGACCUCAAGUGUGACAACAUCUUCAUCACGGGCCCCACGGGCUCCGUCAAGAUCGGGGACCUGGGCUUGGCCACGCUCAUGAGGACCUCCUUUGCCAAGAGCGUCAUUGGGACCCCCGAGUUCAUGGCGCCGGAGAUGUAUGAGGAGCGCUACGACGAGUCGGUGGACGUCUACGCCUUUGGGAUGUGCAUGUUGGAGAUGGGCACCUCCGAGUAUCCCUACUCCGAGUGCCAGAACGCGGCGCAGAUCUACCGCAAAGUCACCAGCGGCAUCAAGCCGGCCAGCUUCUCCAAGGUGACCGACCCGGAGGUGCGGGACAUCAUCGAGGGCUGCAUCCGGCAGAACAAGGCCGAGAGGUUGUCCAUCCGGGACCUGCUGAACCACGCGUUCUUCGCCGAGGACACGGGGCUGCGCGUGGAGCUGGCCGAGGACGCGGUGGGGCCCGAGCCCUGCCUCGCGCUGCGCCUCUGGGUCGAGGACCCCAAGAAGCUCAAGGGCAAGCACAAGGACAACGAAGCCAUCGAGUUCAGCUUCAACCUGGAGGCCGACGUCCCCGAGGAGGUGGCCUACGAGAUGGUGAAAUCCGGCUUCUUCCAUGAGAGCGACUCCAAAGCCGUGGCCAAAUCCAUCCGGGACCGCCUGGCCGUGGUCCGGAGGAGCCGGGAGAGGAAGCAAGCCGAAGGUCGGGCCCCCGCCGAGAGCGAGGACACCGAGGUGGAUCAGCACGUGCGGCAGCAGCUGCUCCAGCAGCACGCAGCCGAGGGGCUCUUGGACACUGGACCCAUGGCAGAUGCCACCAGCAGCCGUGGUCUCCUUGGGUGCUACCAACCAGGCCCCCCCCAAGAUGGGGCGUCCCCCCCUUGCGCCCCCCACGUCCCAUUACAGGUGGAGGGGACAUCGAUGGACGUCACCGGCGGUCCGGAGAUGCCACCAGCAAGCGGGAUGCCGUUGCCCACCGGGAUGCCACCAGGGCCAGGGAUGCCAGCACGAAGCGGGAUGCCACCAGUCCAAGGUGGUCUGGAGAUGCCACCAACAAUGGGGAUGGCACCGGCUCCACCUGGGAUGCCACCAGCCCAAGGGAUGCCACCAGCCAUAGGGAUGCCACCACCUAUGGAGAUGCCACCAACCAUGGAGAUGCCACCAUCCAUAGGGAUGCCACCAGCCAUAGGGAUGCCACCAACUAUGGAGAUGCCUCCAACCAUAGGGAUGCCCUCAUCCAUAGGGAUGCCCGCACCCAUUGAGAUGCCCCCAUCCAUAGGGAUGCCCUCAUCCAUAGGGAUGCCCGCACCCAUUGAGAUGCCCUCAUCCAUAGGGAUGCCCGCACCCAUGGAGAUGCCCCCAACCAUAGGGAUGCCCCCAUCCAUUGGGAUGCCACCAAGCAUGGAGAUGCCCUCAUCCAUAGGGAUGCCCCCAUCCAUAGGGAUGCCCCCAGCUCCAUCCCCGCUCCCCCUCCCCAUAGAGAUCCCACCUCCCCAUCCCCCCCCCCCAGCCGCCCCCCUCCCACCCCCCGACCCCCCGGACCCAACCCCCUCCCUGCGCGUCCCCGAGGCCGCCUCCACCCCCCCGGACGCCGGUGGCCGUGGGGACCGAUGGCGCCAGCGCCGCGCUUCCUGCCCGCGGCCCCGCUUCCAGCUCACCGCGCUCCAGGUCUCCUCACCGGGGGACAACACGCUCGAGUGCCAACUGGAGACCCACGACUGCAAGACGGUGACCUUCAAGUUCGACGCCGAUGGGGACGCCCCCGAGGACAUCGCCUCUUACAUGGUUGAGGACAACUUCGUGUUGGAGGCCGAAAGGGAGAAGUUCGUGGAGGAGCUCAAGGCCAUCGUGGCGCGGGCGCGGGGGCUCCUCGGUGCCCCCCAUGUGGACCCCCAGGUUGGAGCGAUGGAGCCGGCGGCGAGCGAAGGGGCCCCCCAAUCGUCCCCUGUGGGUCGCUGGAGGUUCUGCAUCAACCAAACCAUCAGGAACAGGGAGGCCACCGGUCCUGGGGGUCCCGCAGCCCCUCGCCGAGCCCUGGGCAGCUCAGACGCCGGUGGCCCUCAAGCAGCAGCAAUGGGGCCGGAUGGCGCAGGGCUCCCCACGCCCCAUAGCCCAGAGGCCGCUGGCCCCAUAGAGCAUGGGGUCGGUGGCCCUCGAGGGCAGGAGGAGGCCGUCCCCCAGCCUGGGGUCCCUCGAGGCUUUGGAGCACCCCAAGAGCAGGAGGACCCCGAUGGAGAGGGGGGGACGGGGCCCAAAGGCCCCCCCCAAGGCCCCGGUGCUGUGGGGCAGGAUGGGGCUGAGCCACCGGAGCCCCCGGGACACCGGGAUCAGGGGGGCGGUGAGGCCGGAGCCUGCCAUGGGGCCGGGGACCCCCAGCACCAAGAGCCGGAUGCGACCCAAGGAGCGGAGGUGAUCGGCACUGAGCCCCCCGCGCUGGAUGGCCCCCCCCCCUCCCGUGCCCCCGGUGCCUUCGCCCUUGGCUUCAGCUGCCCCCGCCUCAAGAACCCCGUGGGGAGGAGGGGCUGGGGCCGCCGCAUCAAGACCUGGGCCCGGCGCCUGCGCCCGCCCCCCCCCGCCGGGAGCCCCCCCCGCGCAGAGGAGCAGCAGGAUCUUGGGGACCACUCUGGGCCAGGUCAUUGCCAG